AUGCAGACAGAAGGGGGCACAUGCCACUAUUCAGGGUUAGCCAUGGCGCAAGAAGACCAAUCGAAGUUUCAGACUCUGGCUCGGAAUCUCAAAACCGUCGUUCAGGCACCACUGGAGUACGAUGUUGGGAUUCCUGGCGAAGCCGAGACAGAGGCGGAGGCCGAGGAGCUGCAGAUCUUCGAUGCCCCCUGCGGCAAUCACGUGGGGAGGCUGCAGAUUACAGGCACCGUGCAGGGCUAUCCUGCAGGUGACUGGCUUCACCUCACGCGACAGGAAGUGGCACGUUUGCAGGAACAGGGGGCAUUGGAUUCCGACCUGCGAGAAGUAUGGGUGCGCUUGGAUCUUUGUGCCCCCAAGCGUGUACGAGUAUUCCCUCGCUGGGCACAGAUAGAUGUGGAAAUGGCCUACCUGGAGGCCCUCGAGUUUUCAUGGCCUGGAAUUCCCGGCGAGUUCGUGACAUACACAGUGCAAUGGAGGAGCAGCACAGAUGGCAUCCCCGACGAGAGCCAGGCAGAACCGGUCCAAGGUGUCCAGGAGGAGAUGCAGACGGAGGACGGUCCGAGGCCAGGCGACUUGGAGUGCACAUCGUCACGUGCGUUAGUGCACGGCCUGCCCCAGGCCACGUGCAUCCAGGUGCGAGUUCUUGCUAGCGUGACUGGGCCACAAAUCGACUUCGUGGAGCUGGAGAUACUGGGUCCCUGGACAGAGAUUCGGACGGCCUCGCCGCUGCCCGGAGAAGACGUGAAGGCUCUUGGAGAUCGUGACCUUCUCGGAGGCUACCGAGGUGGAUGCCUGCGAUCCUCGUGCAGUGGCUUCUUGGCUGCGACUACGCUUCACUCAACACAUGCUGAGCAAUGUCGCCGCUGCGGCUGCUCGUAUGAGGAGCAUAUAGAGCUCGAAGGAGAGCCUGUUCCAGUCAAGGAGGAGCAGAUCUCUGCAGGUGCGGACGCGCAGCAAGAAGCUUCCGAGGCGAACAAGAACCAGCCCGAUGCAUUUGAUCCUGACGGCUUCGUGCAGCAGGAGGAGCAGGACCAGGAGGAGGUUGAAUCUGUCCAGUCGGCAGCUGCCGAGAAUGCCAGCGAUAUGGAAGCGGAAGAGGAUGAUGACAGGAUGGGCGAGGAGCUUGUGCCAGAGAAGGAUCCCACGGAAGGAGAGGCGAGCACAGAGGCAGAUGGACGUUGCCAGGAGGAUGUGGAUGACAAUGACAAUGCCCGUUGGGAAGACUUCCUGGAAGCCGAAGAUGGCGAAGAUGAGCCUCAGGUGGAGGUGCAAGCCGACGUGGUCGAGGGCAUGGAGGACUUCACCGGGGCCCAGAUAAUAUCCUCGGUGGAGGCACCCGUGCAGUCAGACAUCCAGCCGGAGCAAGAAAAUCUUGUGGAGAAGGUGUUCUUCUCGCCGACAGCAAUCAACGUACUGUCCGCACCGUCCGCAUCGGCUUCUUCAAGAGGACUACUGGACUCAGGCACCAUGGUAUCUGGAUGCUUGAAAUCUGGGUGGUUGAAGCUGGACGAGGAGAGUAAGGAGCAGCUGCUCUUGGGCGGUGAAGCCGAAGCCUGGAUCUCAGUUGAGAGCUUGGUCGAGAAGGAAGCCAGGACCACAGAGGACGAGACGAAUGGCAGGGAGUACUCAUCCCGGCAAGCUGAGAAAUUGCUUGGGCAAGGCAUAGAGUAUCGUGCGAUGCGCGAGUUUCAGUGCUACUCCAGUCCAUCAGAACUUGGGGAGAACACGCAUGGAAUGGCAAUCAACCAGGGAGAAGCUUUAGUUGGCUAUCCCAGUCAUCACCAUUGGAUUCGCCUGGUGGCCUCGGAGACCAAUACUGAGUUCAUCUCGCACUGGGCCUGGGUCUUUCAAGAUCCUGGAAGUCCAGCGCUUGAGGCGUCCUGGAGCCGACUGAAAGUCUCCCAGACGCCCUCUGGUGUCCUGCACCUCAGCUGGCCUGGUCUGGCAGUUUCUCCAUUGAGUACGGUCUACUAUGCUCUGGAGUGGACCAAGCGUGGUGCAGACAUAGCGCUGGGCUGCGGUUUGACUCCCCGCCCUGAGUGUACACUCGUGACAUGUCCUGCGGAGAAACAGUUUCGAAUAAGUGCCUUCGUGAACGGCCAGGAGAGGAGUUUGCACAUCACGAGCCCCUGGCAGUCUGACUUUGUCGUGGAGCAGUGGCUGGAGCCGCCGAAAGAGGUGCAGAUGUCUGAGACGGCCGAGGCCCAGGAGGCGCAGCUGCAAGCGGAAGCUGAAGUCCCCGUCACUUCUCCGGAUGCGGCGGAAGCGGCUGAAGCAGUCGAAGACGAAGCCGCCUGCCCGAAGGAGCCUGAAAGCGUUGCUCCAGCUGAGAAGAUCAGCACAAGCGUUGACGCUUCGACGGAGCCUGCCGAAGGCAGUCACACCACGGAAGAUGAAGCAAGGACGAUGCAGCCUGGGCAGAGCUCCUGUUUUGAGGUAGUGCAUCGUGGCGGCGUUUUCCUUCGUGAAGCUCAGAGUAGUGAGUCUGCGUCGAAAGGUCGGCUGGCCUUUGGGCAACGCGUGUUCGGGGUUCUGAGUGGUGAGUGGCUCCAGGUUGAGAAAGACUCGCAAAACGAAGCGAUGGAGGGCCCCAUGUACGUGCUGGUGGACGGCAAGGACUGGGGCCUGGGAGCUCUCCUUGAAGAAGUGACGCUGGAAGCACCGGCGGAAGCGGCAGAAACGGAAGCAGUAGAAGCGGAAGCAGCGAAAGCGACGGAACCGCCGGGCUCGGAGCCUCAGCGACCCGAGCCUGAGCCUCAGGGCGAAGCGAGCCCAGGCAUGCCAAGCUCUGAGACCAAAAAAACAGGGCCUGCUCAAAAAGCUCGCCAAGCAGCCAUACGCCGUGCAGCUAUGGUUGCAGAGGAGGUUCUGGCGAAACCUGUUGAAUACGUUGUGGUAGCUGCAACACCAGCAUAUUGUGAGCCGGCACCACAGGCACUGCCUGCAGGAGGAUCAUUUCGUGCGGGACAGACGGUCAUGGGGUUUCCUGGCAAUGCCAGCUGGAUUCGGGUGGCGUCAGCGGACGCUGCAGGCGAGCGUUGGGCUCCGAUCAAAAGUGCUGGCUCUGCAAAGGAGGUUUUCCUGAGUCCUGCCUGGGCACAGCUGCAAGCUGAGGAAGUCUUCAGUGAAGCCUUGGUGGUGAGCUGGCCAGGUCUUGCAGCGCCCAAGCCCCCGUAUGUUGCGGCCUACAGCAUCGAAUGGAGGCUUACUCCGGGCGAGGAACUGCCCAUCGGCGCAGGAGACGGAGAAGACUUCAAGAAGAGUGGGUAUGCGCUCAGUCUCCAGCCACGUGCUACCCUGCAUGGGUUGCCUCCGGGCGCCGCAGUCCAACUGCGAGCUGGAGUUCGCGUGGCUGCACAAAGCGCUGGUCAAGCGGAUUUUCGGCUGAUGGGUCCUUGGCAAGAUUUUACAACAGGCAGCCCUUUAACUGAAGAGGAGGAGGCAGAACCAGCGAGAAGCAUCGAUCCCUUUGGUGCGGCUCGCGGAGGGUGCGAAAGUAGCCAAUGCCGUGGCUACGUAGCAGAUUUGGAUGCGAUGGCUUCGGUCGGUGCCAAUGCAAACUUCUUGGUACACAAAGCGAUUUGUGUGCGGUGCGGCAAGUCCUUCGAAGCUCACGAACGUAUCGAAGCGUCUGUCUCGGCAACACGCCGAGGCAGAGCGGCAAAAGUGCAGGUCGCGAAGCUGUCUGAGCCUAGCUCGGGUGGGCCUCCCGAGGAUGACGAGAACCUAAGAACCUUUGAGGUGGUGCAUGCAAUGGUCUUUGUCCGUGACCGUGCCAGCGUGAAGGGCAGGACGCUGGGCGUCCUCAAAUCAGGAGAACGUGUCCGGGGGUGGCGGCGUUCAGGGUGGCUGCAGUUGAGCCGGACCAGCUCGCUAGACGUCUCCAAAGAGAUUCGGGAUUCAUGGAUUCUGAUUCACGGCGCCGAAGUUGGGCUUGGCCAGCUGAUGCAGGAAGUGAACGAGACGGCCGUGGAAGUUGGCCGUGGUGGUGCCCAGGGCACAAAGCAGGUUGUCCCCGUGACCAAAGCCAACGGAGGCUCAAGUGCAGCGUCAUCUUCGAAAGCUGGCCAGAUGGCUUCUAUGGAGCAGGCUGCUAGAGACACUAGGUCUGUCCUAGAAGUGCCGAUCCAGUUCAGCGUGGUGGGUAGCGCUGACCUUCCGAUUCGGGCGAAGCCCUCCUCCGAAGAAGCACAGGUUGGCGCCUUGAAGCCUGGUGCUGCUGUGCUGGGGUAUCCCGUUGGCGAGUGGAUGAAGAUCGAGGCAUCCACAACAAGCCAGUGGGUACAAAUGCAAGAUCCAUCUGGGACGCACCUGGUGCAAUCGUGGUCUUUCCUUACUUUGGAGAAGGCCUUUCAUGAGGCCUUGCUGCUAUCCUGGCCAGGCCUGGCAGCGAAGGAGGCAACGCGCUACACCCUUGACUGGCAAGUUCAAGGUGGUGGGAGCGGCAAGCUGGAUGUCGAGCUUGGGCAGGCAACCACGCUGCUUCCAGGUUUGCCUCCGGGUUCAGCAGUGCGGGUGCGAGUACGUGCUGUGGUAUAUUCCGCGAGAGAUCCACUUGGCAUCAAGUUUCAAGGAGACUGGAAGGAGUUUCUUUGCAUUCAGAGCCAGACGGAUGGCGAGGAUUUGACUCCGGCAGACCCCGGCCUGGAUUUGAAGGAUUCAAAGGCAGCAGACCUCAUGCAGGAGGAGCAACGUCUCCAGUCUCCACCGGCUAAAGCAUCUACUGUUAAUGCCGUCGAGAAGUCACCGGCGCAGAGUGCGAGGUCUGGCCACGAGAGCCAAGCGUCGAGCACAAUGAGCAUGUUGUGGGGAAAGACCCAAGAGGUCACUUCGGGCCAGUUCCAGGUAGUUGUGGCGACGGUGUAUAUUCGGGGCGAGCCCUCCGUUGGUGGCAUACCGGUGGGAUUUGUGCAUAAGGGCACUGUUCUGUCGGGGCAGGUGCAGUCUGGCUGGCUUUGCCUGUCUGCGGAUUGCAGCAGACGGUUGAAGAUCUACAGCGACAAAAAGGCAUUUGUGGCCAUUGAGGGCCGUUUCGCCAAUCGUCCUGACUUGGGUGCCCUGUUGCAACGCGUGGAUGCAGAAACUGCCAACACUGCCAACGAGAGGCCGGAGGAUUCCGAUGUCGGGAAUGCUCGAAGCAUCGAGUCCUUGAGGCGCAGGGCGGAGCGCGCUUGCCAGGUCCUCAACUCGGAGCCGCUGCACUUUCAGGUGAUUUCGGACAAAGCCUCCGUGCGAGCAACCCCGGAUGUUCAUGCAACAACGACAUCAGCGCUUCACAAGGGCGAUCGCAUAAAGGGUUAUCCCUCGGGCAGCUGGCUCAGGCUCGCCCGAAAUGAUAGCAAGGGUGAAGGAUGGGUUCAAAUCGAGUCGUCGGGAGCUGAUUCCACGUUGUAUCUGGAGGCGGAGUGGUCAAAAGUGGAGGUGAAGCGAGCCUUCGUCGAGGCCAUAACUUUGGAGUGGUCUGGCCUUACCAUUGAGCAGAAGGUCACAUACGCUGUCGAGUGGCGUCCUAGUGGAGGCGGUGCAGGUGGUCACGCAGUCAGCAAGUCAAGCCGACUUCAUCUGACAGGGCUGCCGGCGGACGGAAAAUUUUCAAUGCGAGUUUUGGCUUGCGUGGCGAGCGACGAGCCGAAGGUGACGCCUUUGAGGCUCAACGGGCCCUGGCUCGAGGCUUCAAGCCUGCCUGCUUCAAGGAGGCCAGGUUGGUCCAGCCGCACAUCCGAGAGCAACCUGGACCCUUUGGGGCAAGUCCGUGCCGGCUGUCUGGCCAGCAAGUGCUCUGGAUACCUGGCCCCAGAGGAUUCUGCAAGCUACGUCAACGACCCCAAGGCGACGCUGUGCAGGCGCUGUGGAUAUGCCUUCCUCGAUCACCGAAGAGGAUUCUCAGGCGAAAAAACUGGGAAGUCGCAGCCACGAAAGGUUAAUGCAUCCGAGCUUCCCACUCGGACGGAGAAGGAGUCAGCGGCACAAGCACGCGACGGGGAGGCUCGGGGCGAAGCACGCAGAAGCUUCAUCGCCUGUUGGGUGGUCGAGCACCGGGCAGUUCUCAUUCGCUCCCAGCCCAGCGUCAAGGCCGAGAAGCUCGGCAUUGUCUGCAAAGGUCACGUCUUAAAAGGCUACGAAAUGGAAGGCUGGGUGAAGCUAACUCGCGAGUCCAGCAUUCAGGCAGGCAUUGCAGACGGCAGGGUCGCCUGGGUGCUCAUAGAUGGACAGGAGGUUGGCCUCGGCCUGUUGCUUCGGCCUCUGAAGCCAGGCGAGAAGCCAAGGAACGAAAAAGACACCAGAGAGGAGUCAGAUGAUGAAAAGUAUGGAGUAGCCUGGAGAUCCGAGGACAUCUACACAGGGGCGCUGGAGUUCGAAGUCCUUUUCAAGUCCGUAUCCGUCCGGAGGAGACCCAGAGUCACUUCCAAGUCCUUGGGGAUCAUCACCGAGGGCAAUCGCGUUUGGGGCUACGCCAAAGACAACUGGCUUCAAACUAACCGGAAGUACAGGCAGAAGGAGCAAGGCUGGAUUCGUAUUGAUGGAACUGAUCUGGGCCACGGGCAGCUUCUUCAGUGUACCAUGAUGAAGCCCGCCACCAUGAAGUGCUUCGCAGAGGCACUGCUGAUAAAUUGGCAGCCACUUCCGGCGAAGUCUGUGGUCUACACACUGGAAUGGAUGGCACAGGAUAAGAAGAAAAUCAAUGUGGCCGUGGAAAAGACGCGCCAUUGCGUUGGCAAGAUCGGUGCUUUGGCAGCAGAUUCAACAUUCUACGUGAGGGUGACCGCGCACAUCUUGAUCCCUGGCGUUGAUGCGAACAGUCCGAAGAGCGUUUGCGCAAAGGUGAGCAGCGACUGGGUGGAGGCGCAAACAGGAUCGGCCGUUGACGAAACGGAGGAAGCAGCAAUGACUUUUGAUCCGCUGGCAAAGAUUCGUGGAAAGUGUGGCGACUGCCAGCACUGUGCCAACUUCAUUCUGUCCAAGUACUCCUAUCUCAUGCGCUUAGACGAGGUACUUUGUCGCCGCUGCGGAUGCGCCUGUACGAGCCAUGAGAUCGUCGGGGAGUACGGGAAGUCGCGGGCGCAGUGGGCCAAAGACAACGAACGCAGGCAGCGAGAAGGCCAGCGCCGCCAGCAACAAGUCACGAAGCCAAAGCCGAUUAUGCCAGCGGAGCUGCCGUGCGUUCCUUGGCAGCCUGAUGAUGCACCAGUUGGCAAGAGCAAGGCACGGUAUGUCAUCGAGCAGGUGAAAAAGGCACGGAACUUGUAUGAGACCCUGGGCGUACGCCCAGCGGCAGCGGCGAAGGAUAUACGCAAUGCUUACCGUCAAAUCGCAUUGCGCAUCCAUCCAGACAAGGUCACAUCGGGUGGCAAGGAAGAAGAAGACUUGGUUGCACAUGCAGAGGCUGCCUUCAAGCUCGUGUCCUCGGCCUAUGAAGUUCUUGGUGACGAAGGCAAGAGAUCAUCGUACAACCACACGGCCAAGGCCAGCGGAAAGGCUGCGGCAGCGUCUUCAAAACCAUCAGGGCCAAGGACCACAGCCCCUGCAUCCCAGAGAGAGCAUUGGCCAGGAGGCUCGGGAACGUCUAAAGCAGAGGUGGUUCUCACCGUGUCCCACGCAGUCCAUGGCGAAGAGAUUCGCAUGUCGAUGAAUCGUGGGACGAGUGUUAUGGGCCUGAAGCGGGCCCUCUGCAAAAAAGUCAAACGGGGACCGCCGGAGUGCAUCGACAUCUGCGACAGCAGCGGAUGCGUGCUCGGAGAUGAUCAUCGCUUUGCCGAGAAUCAGGAGCUGCACUGCAUCGGCAUCUCGCUUGGCCCACCAAAGACUAUCGCGGUAGAGGUGAAGGACCAUCGGUCAGGAGCCAGGAUGCAGGUGGAGGUGCUGGACACUUCGAGCAUGGAGACAGUCAGAAAGAAGGUCGCCAGGGAGCUGAAGGUGAAGGAGAAGGAGCUGCAGAUUGGACAGCAGAAGAGCGCGGGCAAGUACUCCGCUCGUCGCUUCGAAGCUUUACCAAGCGAGGAGCUGCUGAAUGGCAGGAGAAUGCUCUACAUCCAUGGAAAUGGGGUUCUGAUUUACCUCAGCUUGGAGCAGGGCUUGCAGCUGCAGCGGGAGUUGAUCGUUGCAUACGGAGAGGCGAUCUUUCAGAAGAAGCUGGAAUCACUCUUGUCCGAGUACCCAAUGCCGGAGUCGAUCACCCAGAUGAAAUUCCGAGAGGCCUUCGGAAAGCUGGUCCGCGACGCGCAGAAGGCCACCCUGGCAAGGUGGGGCUUUGAGGGCGAUUUUGCGGCACAGAACAUGAUGACGGCCUUUGGCAAGGUGGCACAUACCCCAGAAGUGUAUGAGCUCAGCUUGGAGAUCGACAAGCUCCUGCGAAUCACAUCAGGAGGGAUGAUUGCAGCCCCUGUGAAGCCCAAGAAGGAGGCUCAGGCGAAGGCCACGGCGGCAUCUGACGCGAAGGAGAAGUCGGAGAAGCCGAAGAAUUCGAAGGUACCAAGCAAAAGUGGUCCCAAACCCCCGGUCGUCAUAACGGUACGGCAGGCAGUCGAAGAGGACAACGAGCCUCCGGCACCACUUUUGAAGGUCGCCGUCCCGGCAGAUGCCACGAUGCGCCGCCUUAAGCAGGCUAUUGCUGAGAAGCUGGGCCUGAAGCGCACGGCCUCCCUAAAGCUGGUAUUUCAUCUGGACUCUCGGUUGCGGAAAUCGAACAUGCCUGAGAGUGGCAUGACCUUUGCGUCUUUCAAAGACGACGAACUUAUCGGUUCGCGCCGAGAAGUCCUGCUGUUGGGAGCGGACCUCCGUGAUGUGGCAGAGGUUCGGGUGGAGCUGAGCGGUGUACCACAGCUCCCUGACGGAACGGUGGUUGUUUUCGUUUCGCAGUCCGCUACCUUGCGGGAGGUCAAAGAAGCAGCGGCACGCAAGCUGUUGGGCAAGGAGGCUGAAGAGCCGACGGCCGCCCGAAUCGCGGAGGUGACGUCAGCUGGGAUGAUGGCGGGAACCAUCGGAGACUCCAUAGCCUUGGACUUGCUGCAGGACGAUCUGCUUCUGAAGGGCCGACAGAGGAUCCACUGGCUCAGCGCUGCAUUGGCCCAAGAUCUGGUCCCGAAGGCCUCCGAGAUCACAAUCCUGGAGCAGGCGGAGCAGCAGGGAUACGAGGAAGAGGAGCAUGAAGGCCUCACAGAGAAUGCGGAGGUCAUCGAGGAUGUGGAGGAUGCCGAGCCAGAAGAAGCAGAGAAUGCCACUGAAGAGCCAUUGCUUUCAGAACUUGCUGAAGAUUGCCCCGAAGAUGACCAGCAGGCCGCGCUCCCGCAGCAGAUGGAGGAGGGAGUGGCUGAUGCAGACUUCAGAGAUGAGGCGCUUCCUGCAUCUCCAAGCCAAGGCGAAGACGAGAAGCUCGGCGGGAGCGGGGCCAACACUCCCACUCCCAUCGCGGAUGAGAGCCCUUAUGAUGAGCAACUUUCGGACGCGAAGGCUCUGGAACACGUGGAACCUGCCCUUGUGCAAACUAUACACGCGGAGGAAGAGGUGGCGGAGAUCGCCAGCAGCCGGGAUAUUCCAAACGAUGGGUCAGACACAGCACAGACACGCGUUAUCCUUGCCAUUGUGCCCGAUCGCUGCAGCGAUUGGCAGGUGGGAAUGCUCAGAAAGCUGCUUGACAUGGUCGGUGGCCAGGUCGCGCGUGAAGCAUCGUCGCAAGAUCUAGUAGGCGGAGAGGAUGCGGCUGCGGCUCCUCGAGUUCUGAAGCUGCUUGCGCAUGACAAGGAAGAUCCGCAGCCUGAGUCGAAGGAGGACGGUGUUGAAACCCGCACCGUUCGGAUUCAAUCCGUACUCUCCGAAGGCCCAGGCGGAAGCAUGACGCUCGAAAUUCCGCGGGAAGCGAGUGUCGGAGAAGCCCGACAGCUCGUGACCACUCGCUGUGGCGGCGGAGCAGUGGGAGCUCACAUACGCAUGGUCCGCCGUUUCACAAAGACCUUGUUCCUACCACUUAGGGAUGAAGAGCUGCUCAGUGAUGUGCUUGGAGAGGAUGAGGAGUUACUUUUGUUGGGGGUGGACCUCGCUGGUGUGGAAACUGAGGAGUCCAGGUCGAAACCAGAAUCAGACACUGAAACCCCGGAAGGGCCCGAGCAACGCAAAGAAGCCACAGACGAAGCAGCCAGGUUUUUGAUCGCGGCCAUGGAGCUGAUGGAGGAUGCAGGCGUACAGGAACGUUUGAUGGGCCUGCCCAUGAGCUGUUCAACUGUGUUGGCUGAAUGGGAACCUCCCUGGCUUCAAGAUGGUGUUGAUGACUUGGACGCGGCAGCCCUCAGCAACUUUCCUCCAGACACUGUCCUGGCUUGGGCACAGAGCUUCUCGGACCUGAUCGAUACAAUGGCACGUAGGCUGCACACAGACGAGAGCGAUGAAGUUGAAGAAGUUGAAGACCUUGAUGAGGAGGUUCAAGAAGUUGAAGAGCUUGAAAAAGCUGAGGACCUUGAUGAAGAGGUUCUAGAAGUUGAGGAUGUUGAACAAGUUGAGGACCUUGAUGAGGAGGUUCUCGAAGUUGAAGAGGUUGAACAAGUUGAGGACCUUGAUGAGGAGGUUCUAGAAGUUGAAGAGCUUGAAGAAGUGAAAGACGUUGAAGUUGAAGAAGUUGAGCAGGUUGCAGAAGUCGCGGAGGUUCAGGAAGUGGAGGUGCUUGAGGAAGCAGGAGACAUGGAACAAGUCGCAGUGGCGGAGGACAUCCCAAAGGAGGCAUCAGAGGCGUCGCGCACUGAAGCUCUGGAGCCGCAUGAAAACUUCAAGGAUAGCAUCCAAAAGGUUUUAGAGGACAUCGCGGAGGCGAUGCCUGCUGAGCCGGAAAUGGAACCCGAGCAAGAGCCCGACGAGGACGAAGAAGUCGUCCUGGUUGUUGUCGAGUUGGAGCAUGCCACCACCGCGGAGCGGGUGGCCGUUGCCGUUCCGUCAUCCUGCAACCUGGGAGAGGUCAAGCUUGCAUUGGCCUCCACCUUGGGACUGCAACGAGCCGACAGCCUGCUCAUCACAUCGCCAGAGGGCGAUGUGACGUACUCCGAUCACGAGACUUUGGGAAGCAGGCGACGGCUCACUUUCCGAGGUCCAGAGGGACAGGAUGAUGAUGACGAGGUGAUCGACAUCAUCGGCUAA